AAACAACAUGGCGGUUCCAUGGUUCUACAACUUUUUGUAGCUCCAACUUCUCUCAGAAAACUGCUUUGGUAGGUCUUGUCAAUCAUCAAUUCUGCAUAUUUUGUAAACCAAAAAGAAGCUAACUGAUUCACAGAGUUAUGUGACACCCAAGAUCAAACCAUGCUAGAGAAGCCUGACAGUUGUGCGGUUGGCUUGCCAUAAAUUGUUUAAUGUGAGGAUAUCUUUGGACUUGGAGUGCUAAAAUUCAAAAUGAAAGGAAGACCGCCACCCCAUUUCCUUCGCCCAAGAGCAUACUCAUACUCGAAGGAUAAAGCUUUCAAAAUUAAAGUGAAACUACACACGGAUGAAGUGUUUCAUGUGAACAAUGUUUCCUCGGAUAUGAAAAUCAGUGAACUUAAGGGUCAGGUGGAGUUUGCUUGUGGAAUACCUUAUCACCUUCAGAAACUUCAUUACCUUGAUGAUGGUGACCUGCUUGACUUGACGGAUAUUCGCCACAAUGAUAUUGUUCCUGGUGCUACUCUUCACUUGGAGGUGUGGUACAUGUGGAAGACCCUUGUUGAUGCUGUCGCUGCCAAUGAUGUCGACUGGGUUUUCAAGCUUGGUGUUACCCAGGACACCGAUUAUCGAACUCCAAAUCUGGAUUACAUGACGAUGAGGUCGAGGCAGGUGUGGUUGGCCGAGAGGGCAUUUAUUGCACUCUACAUGGCUGCACAUCGAGGAAAUAUGAAAAUGGUAGAAAAGCUGGUUACUGCAGGUGCUGAUGUGAAUGCCAAAACACCGAUGGGGCGGACAGCGUUACACGUGGCUGCUGCCAGGGGCAAUGGCAAGAUCAUUGAUCUGUUGCUAGAAAAGGGUGCUAACAUCAAUGAGACUGACAAUGACGGGAACACAGCUCUUAACAUUGCCAGCAAAAUGGGCCACAAGGACUGUGAGCGCCAUCUUUUCCUCUUCCAAUGGCAACAACGUGCCGCUAGUCUUAAACCAGAAUUCCAGAACCUUCCUCGCAUGGCCCAUCAAUACAGCGACUCGAAAUUCCCCGUCUGGUUGGAUGGAAAGCAAACUCAGAUUUACUACACGCAAAUACUGCCACCUGGUGAAUUCGAAGGUACUGUUUUCCACUCUCCAAAGAGGCGUCAUCGGCCGUCGUCUGCGCCGUUGGAGAGAAAGAAGGGGAAGGGAGUACGUAAGAAGAAAGUUUUGGCAGAGAACGUCCAAGUCGAGCUUGGGAAGGAGACGUUAAUGGCAGUGAAGAAGGAGGACGAGAAGGCCAACCAACAUAAACAUUAUCUGGCAUCGCUGCUCACAAAAACACCAAACAAAAAGUCACGGGCAACAACAGCCACUGCAACGUUAGACGAUCUUGAGGAGGAGCCGCCUCUCAGUGCUGAUCCGGCCACUCGGCGAUUGAUGGCGUCUAACAAGGUGUUACGGAUGAAACAGGUCCCUGAUGAUACGGAGCUUUAUGGUUUAGUCGAUAUCGAUGAUCCAACUGCCAAGGAACAGCUUCGGGCGAGCAGAUUUGGUAGACAAAAAGCUUAUAAUAUGAUCUAUGGCUAUAAACGUAAAUCUACUCCCAAGUCUUUUGAUGACUGGUUGGUCCAGAAAAAAGAUCGAGAAGCGAGGAUUGCUGAGAUUAAGAAGGCGGAGCAUGAUGAGAAAAAACAAAAUGAGGACGAUAAUGAGUGUCCUGACCAUCCUGAUUAUCUUCUCCCUCCUGUGCAACAUUCACCAGAAGUAUCUGUCCCUCCUGCGCAACCUAAGCCCGAUCCUCCUCCUGAAAGAAAAAGAGCGGAUAGUGCCAAGAAGAAAUCAUACGACAAUUGGAUGGCUCAGAAAGAGGCUGCGGAGAAGGCGAGGGUUGCUGCAGCGACCGGACAAAAGGUACCGACUGGUGAAGACGAACAAGACGUGACAGGACGGAUUCGGAAUUUACUCAAAUCGUACGCAGAUAAGGAAAUGUCGGCGUACGAUAUGUGGCUGAUGAGAAAGGAAGUGGAAACGUUGGAGAAGGUCGCAGUGUUGGAUUGAGUUCAAUGGAGUAUCAAAAGAUACUGUGCCGAUGCAGUUAAGCUGGUUCAUGAGCACUUGUACAAAAGACCUAUUUUACGUCCAAUAGGUCUAGACUCGGCUUAAAAAACUUCUGUCGCUAUUCAAAGUCUUUGUGCACUUAAGCAGUAGCUUGGAGCACAUGACCCGUAUGGCCAGAUGAUUUGACAGAAGCUGUAGGGAACCUGCUGCCAUCCCAUGAACGACUUUAUAGGAUUGAAGCAGAACUUGUUACGUAUACAGAGGUCUUUCUGAAUGAAUUGCUUUGUAUUCUGUGAUGAAGUAUUUUGUCAUAUACUGAUAGUUAUACUGGUACUAUGAAUAUUGAAUGUACUAUCUAGUCAGAAAGUGUCAGUAUCAUUGGUCAAAGGAUUCAUAGUUAUAUUGAUCAAACCACGCCAUUUUCGGUCAGGGAUUGUUAAUUUGAACUUGCAGUGUUGCCAUGUGUGGGAUAAAUUUGGCAUUGUGACAUUUACAGACCUUGGCCAGAUGGAAGACUUAGAAUGAUUGAAAUUCACUUCAUAUACUCAGCGGUACAUGAUACAUCUAUUGAAGAUCUCAGUGACUGACCCUUUCCUCACUAAGGCCACUAUCAGGGGUUAACACUCACUUCGCUGGUCCUGCACCUAAUAUUAACCCCUGAUUUCUUCGGGAUGAACUAAGGCUGGCCAUUCUGCUAAUUUUAUGACAGGUUUUAUUGAAAAGUGUCAAAAUGUGCUUCUCCAUUAUUGUAAGACACGUCAUAAUGUCAAUGUGAUAAUUCAAAUUCUUUGAUGUAUAAUGAUUAUAUUUCUGUACAUAUGUGUUUUUGGUGUGUUGGGUGUUUUCAGGUAAGGUUGCAUUUGCACAGCUGUCGAUCUGGUCUUUCAUCAGAGCUCAGUGCCCUCUCAGGGAAUGUUUGGCCUGUACCCUGAAAAACAGAUGACGGAAAGCUUCUAAAUUUUACUCUGAAGCAUAAAUUCUGAAGUUGACAUAUAAAUAAAGGCAUUAACCAAUUUGCUCUGCUAUGAAACUUGUCUCUGGGUAGGAUUGACUGCUGUUGUGUGUUGUGUCAGCAUUCGAAGCAGCAGAGACUCGCAUGAUGAACUGAACAGGGAACCCAGUCCAACAUUGUCAAGUGGGUCAAAUCCUAUUUCAAACCUUAUCAAACUUCUUUAGAGGUGACAUGUGUUUAACUUACAUAUGACGGCCUGCGCUCUGUGAGAGACCAGUAUUUAGUUAUGAUUUGUUUGGCUUUAGUACUGGUAUUGAUUAGGCAUUUGUUGAGCGAAAAUCAAAACUAUGAACUCUCUAGGAGUUCUGUCUGGUAUACAGUACAUUGUAUCUCAAUAGAAGCUGUAAAUACUCAUUUAUUCAGGCAUUCCUUAUAUAAAAAGUCUUUAUCGUUAUUAUAUACCAGUAUAUUAUAAAUCUAAUUUCGUCCGUGAUUGUGAUAAGGAUAUUUUUAUAUGCUUAUCUUCAUCUAUUCUAAGUUAAUUUCAUAUGAUUCAUUUCAAAAAUACAUUCCAGUGCCAAGAUUUUUCAAAUUAUCCGUCCUAUGAUUAUUACUCCAGUGUCUAUCCCACGUUCAAUAUGUAACAAACCAUUUAAAUCUAGGUCUUUUUGAAGUUUGUUCCAAUGAAUUGAAAAGAUCAGGGAGAGUGUGCUGCCCUCUUGUGUCUGAUCAGUGAUCUAGUUGGCCUCUCCAACACAUCUAUUUUUCCGACACUUAAAAUGUUCAAGUUGGUGAAGUGGGGCAUUGGUUGAAUAACCUAGCCACUUUACGGUGAUGUUGUCAAAAAACUACUCAAUCUCUUUGUGAUAACAAUGAAAAUAUGUUGAAAUAAACUGUUGGAUUCAAA